AUGAGUUCAACUACGGAGUUGCCAAACAAAACUAUAAUGAAAAAUGGGUCGAGGAUACAAACACUUCUAAAUAGGCUUCCAAAGGAUUUUUUAAUUAAAAACUGUUUACAUUGGAUUCAAUCACAAACGUAUCCACCAAAUGCAACUGCCAACGGCGUGGAAGAUGAAUUUCCUAUGGAAGAAUGGAAUCCUUUACAGUUUUAUCUCGAUCCUCCGAAAUCCAUGCUCAAGCGUGCCAUCGCUUAUAGAAUGAUUAAUGUGGACUGGCGAAAUGGGUUUUCUUUAGGUCAGAUUGCCCAUUUAGAGCUUUCUGCUAUUGCUGAAGGCAUAUUUAGUUUCCGCUGGACGGGAUCCAAGGUUUUUCAUCAGCAAGAGCGUUCUUUGUUCUCGAAUCCGACCCUUAUCCUUCAAAUGCUUAAAUUGGAAUUACAGUCUUUAUUCAUCUACCAUACAUACAUGCUGCAACACCCAACACUCCCUAUAUGGUUGAUGCGUAUCCAGUUACAUGAGUCCAGCAAGCCAUCAUCUCUUCACCUAAUUCCUUCCUCUCGACGAAUUAUAUACCUGGGUGUAGUAAAAAAUUCCGACAUAUUAUUGCAUAACCUAUUUUUGAAAAACGAUGUUUGUCAUAGGCUAUUCUUGCAGUGUCUAACAAGGGUUGUGGAUCGUCUUCAAACUGCCAGCUUUUUACAACCGAUAGAAAUCACGGGAAAAAGUUUGGAAAGCUUGUAUCAAAUAUUGGGCUCCCACCGAAAAGCUAAUGCUUUAGGAGCCUGGCAAAUUUAUGGAAAUAAUGAAAUAGACUCGUCGCCAUUAGACUUACGUCCAACGGUUUUGGAUGACAAGCAUCUUCAUCCAAGACAAGUUGCGUCAAAUACUUUAAGUGAAUCCGACAGGAAAAUAGCAACUCAAAAUCGAUUUGGUGACAUAUCGAACCAGGCUCUUGAUCGUGUAAUAAUUACUUUAAACCAUGAUUAUUUGAGUGAUAAAGAGGAAGAAUUAAGAAAUGCAAGUGUUCGGCGUAAAUCACUUUCUGCUUCAAAUGCCCAUAGACCCAUUUUGACGUUACAGUUUCGAGGCCAGCAUGUUUUUCAAGGGAUAAAAGAGCUUUGUGAAGAAGGUGCAAUGGAUCCGAUUACAGUGCCUUCCUAUUUGACUGGUGAAACGGGCAAAUCUAUGCUUUAUGUUUACGAUGGAUUGGAACAAGAUAGACCAACCUUGCAAGGCUUUCAGGAAACAUCGUAA